UCUUUACCUUUUCUAAACGGUUCUCUUAGAACCACACACCGUUGGUCUUCUAGAUUGUGUUCAUCUUAUUCAUUUUUCUUAUAUUAAAGCUACAUAUCUAAGAAAUUAUAUACUCAAACAACACAUACACUUCUUCACAUGAUGUCUCCCAACAAAAACAACAUUAAAAUCCACGAACACUUCAAAGUUGUUCCUCCAUCAUCCUCAACCCAAACAACAACAACAAUCCCUCUCACUUACUUUGACAUAUUUUGGCUAAGGUUCCAUCCAGUAGAACGUGUUUUCUUUUACACCCUCCCAAAUUCACAAUCACACCCCUCUUCUUUCUUCCAAAAGCUUGUUCCAAUUCUCAAAUCUUCACUUUCUUUAACCCUCCAACACUUUCCUCCUUUAGCCGGUAAAAUCAUUUGGCCUUCGGAUUCUUCAAAACCAUUCAUCAAAUUCAAUCCCGACGAAGACGACGGAGUUUCAUUACUAAUUGCAGAAUCUGAUUUAAAUUUCAACAAUCUCGUUGAAAACUCACCACAAGAAGCUUCGUUAUCUCGUUCGCUUAUACCCUAUCUAGAAUCAACAGAAUCUUUUGCUUCUGUUGUCUCAAUUCAAAUAACCCUUUUUCCAAAUAAUGGUUUUUCCAUUGGUAUCAGCACACACCAUGCAGUUCUUGACGGAAAAUCUUCAACCAUGUUCAUCAAAGCAUGGGCUUAUCUAUGCAAAAAAAUCAUCGAAACCGAAGACGAAUCACCAACUUUGUUACCAGAUUUAGAGCCUCUAUUCAACAGAGAAAUCAUCAAAGACCCGAAUCAACUUGCUGCAAAAUUCACAGAACACAUGAAUGAGAUGGCAACAAAGAUGUUCCCAAAUGAAAAACCAAACCAUCGAAACCUAAAGAUAUUACCUUUCGAACCUAAACUCGAAGACUCUCUUCGCGCUACGUUCAAGCUCACACGCGAUGAUCUGGAUAUAAUCAAGCAAAGGGUGUUAUCGAAAUGGGAAAUAUUCGAAACAAAUGCAUCAAAGCCACAAACCCUAUCCUCUUUUAUUCUCACUUGUUGUUAUUCACUAGUUUGCAUUGCAAAAGCUAUUCAUGAAGUGGAAAAAGAGAAAGAGAAGUUUGGUUUUAUUUUCUCAGUAGAUUGUAGAGCAAGGUUAGAGCCACCAAUACCAAGUAACUAUUUUGGAAACUGUGUUUGGGGGAUCAUCAUUGAUUCACAACCGUUGGAUUUUAUAAAAGAAGAUGGUGACUUUUUGGUUGCUAAGUGCAUGCAUGAGAGAAUAAAGAUGAUAAAUAAGAAUAUGUUUGGUAAAUUUGGUCCUAUGAUGAAUCAAGGGAUUGAAGUGAUUGCAUUGGCGGGGUCUAAUAGAUUUGGUGUUUAUGAGAUUGAUUUUGGUUGGGGGAGGCCGGAGAAGGUGGAGAUAGUGUCGAUUGAUAGAGGUUUGACUAUUGGUUUGGCAGAGAGUAGAGAUGGGAAUGGUGGAGUUGAAGUUGGAGUAGUUCUUAAGAAAGAUGUGAUGGAUCACUUUAGGGAUUUGUUUGUUGAAGGACUAUGUAGGAGUUAGAUUAGAAGAAGUUUUUGACUAUAGUGAUUAAGUAAGGUCUUGAUAUGAAUACAUUUCAAGUUUGUCUUUU